AGUAAAGUUCAGCCGCGCCGCAUUAUUCCGGCAUUAAAUUGUAUAUGUAUAGCAGUUUAUAUAUCUAAGAAACAAGCAGAAUGUUCGUUGUACGUCGUAGCGCAUCCCGUCUGUACCCCGCUGGAGUCCAGCUGGCCAAGAUGAGCGGCAGCCAGGUCGGCGACCUUGGCAGUGGCGCUGGCAAGGGAGGCGGUGGUGGUGGCUCCAUCCGCGAGGCCGGUGGCGCCUUCGGCAAGCUGGAGGCAGCCCGCGAGGAGGAGUACUUCUACAAGAAGCAAAGGGAGCAGCUCGAUCGCCUGAAGAACGACCAAAUCCACCAGGCUGAGUUCCACCAUCAGCAAAUCAAGGAGCACGAGGAGGCCAUCCAGCGCCACAAGGAGUUCCUCAACAACCUGCACAAGUGAGCGCUGAUCCACCAGGAGAAAGUGACCACACAGAUGUGUUAACUUGAGACAUUUACUUAAAUGCAUUUCACUCGCUUUUGUAUUUCCCCAAGUGCACUCCGAACACUACUACCAAUAACUCAAAAAAUGUUAAAUGUAUUUGAAAACCGCAUCAAUAAAACACCCAUAUUUUGAAGGCUUUAAAGUGAA